GGUAGCGCGGGCUAGUAGCUGCGCGUCCUGGAGUCCCUUCCACACCAGCUUUGUCGCUACUUCUUUCUCAGCCUAGCCUCACCAUGGUGGACGCCUUCGCCGGCACCUGGAAGCUAGUGGACAGCAAGAAUUUCGAUGACUACAUGAAGUCGAUCGGUGUGGGUUUUGCUACCAGGCAGGUGGCCAGCAUGACCAAGCCCACCACAAUCAUCGAAGUCAAUGGGGAUACCAUUACCAUAAAAACACAAAGCACCUUCAAGAAUACGGAGGUCAGCUUCAAGCUGGGGGUGGAGUUUGAUGAGACAACGGCAGAUGACAGGAAGGUCAAGUCCAUCGUGACACUGGAUGGAGGCAAGCUUGUCCACUUGCAGAAGUGGGAUGGGCAAGAGUCAACGCUCGUGCGGGAGCUCGUCGACGGAAAACUCAUCCUGACACUCACCCAUGGCAGUGCAGUUUGUACCCGCACUUAUGAGAAAGAAGCAUGACCUGCCCACGCCUUCACUGACCGCUCCUCUGCCAACUGGCUACCCCUGGACUCAGCCCUAGAUUGCCUCAUUUUUUCCGCUGGCAUUUUGUAUAAAUCCGCCUUGGUUGGGGAAAGUCUUCUGGGGAUCUAUCGUGGAUCCAGUUCCGGUUCCCAUUGUGUUUGGUUUUUAACUGCAUCCAAAGGGUGCUCUGAGGUCAAUAAAGCAGAGCCAAGGUCACCCAGUUGCCCUUUUGCCUUUGGUGACAUGACUCUGGGAGUCUCAGUUUCCCUGUGUGUCAGAAUGGGCAAAAAUGCCUGCCUGAAGGUCCCUCAGGAAGAAGCAUUGGAUGAGAGACUGAAACGGACGGUCUCGGGGACAGUGUAGCUGAUCACCUUACAUGUACAAUAAAAAGCUGUACCUACA